AUGACCGUCAAUGACAAUGGCAACACAUUACUUGGUUCAGCACUUGCUCGAUUCAUAUCAGAUAGAUCCCAAACAGUCCGACCGAGUAAUAAGAAGAGGAAGAAUCAAAAGAGGAAAGAGAUACCUCAACUAUUGUUGACAAUCAACAAUCUGUUCAAAGUUGCAGUGAAGAUGAACAAUGAUGUCAUUAUGAUCCACUUGAUUAAGAGAUGGAUACAAGGAGUGGAAAAGGUGAGGACAGGUGAAAUGGACGAUGAUAUGAUCAACGAUCUUGUAAAGAUAUCUUUGUUGGAUAAAUCACAUCCAUCAAUAAUCAAAGGACUUGGGAGGCUCAGUCGACUGAUGAUCGAGUUCCUCCUCACACUGCCUUGUCGAAUGGUCCCUUUGGGAUGGAUUAGCUGUAUGUUGAACUCGACCGGAUCUGACCUGGACCUUUACCUUGACGUGGUCAUCUACACCUCCACGCCCAAAUCAGAUCGACCGGUCAACAUCAUCGAUCAGUACAUCGGCACCUAUUGUCCUGUGUUUGCCAACCAUCAAACACGUGUAAUCAAUGACUUUGAUCAACUUCUCUCGCAAGGUGUAUCUCUUAUCGACUCGGAACAUGUUGUCAAGGGCAUGCUCACCGCCUCAUGCUCUCACAAACACUUUGAUCUGUUCUUGAAGGUCGUCCAACACUUGGACUGGGUCGAGGACGAGAACCAUCAUGUGACUUGUACAGGCUUGCUCCCAUCACCACGACCUGUGACCUUGGGCUCAUUCAAGGCACUCAUUCAUCUAAACCUCGAUAGCCUCAAUAAGAUCGUCCGCCGUGGUGACAUCAACUUCAUGCAGCAUAUCAAGCAUCUGCUGCCCGAGAUCAUGAUCGACUACGCUACCAACCCACAAUCAUAUCAGUUCCCAUUGUUUGACCAGUACAUGCUUAAUGGUGCACUUUCGGCCGGUCAUUACGAAUGUGCCCUCUUCAUUGCGGACAACAUGGUGAUGCAGUACCAACAUCACAUCGGCAGCACCAAAAAGCCCUGGUUUGUUGGAUAUAUCGACUUAUCGAAUCACAAACAUGAUUGGUUGACGCUGAUUGAUCGACUGCUAAACUGCUAUGGGCGAGUGUCACCAAUCUUGUGUGAGAUCUAUACAUCGGCCAUCAGGGCCAGACACAUGGAUGUUAUCAAGCGUGUAGAACAAGCCAAUGACGAUCGACAACCAACAUCAUUUGGUACAUCCAUGGGUCCAUUGCUCAAUGUUGCAAUUAGGGAGCAAUACAUCGAAGGUAUCGAAUCAAUCAUACAAUGUAGGACACGCCCGCCCAAUCAACAUAUAUAUUACAAUUUGGUCGAGCUGGACCUACUCAAUCAAUGUUCGGAGGACAUUGUGGAGAUGAUCUUGGCAGGUAUCCCACCGGGCAAGAUAUAUUUCAAUGUCUUAGGUCGACCCCAUUGCAUACUCUCUGCUAGCACAGUCAGAUUGAUCAUACAAUAUGGACAUAGCCAGCAAUGUCAUGAAGUCUUGGCAUAUAAUACAGCGUUGCUCGGACAGCUGGACGUGUUCAAAACGUUGUGUCCGCCUAAAAACAAAGACAUGGCCAGGUACUGGAUUGCCCAUGUCUGCAAGCAUGGACAAGAUCAUGAAGGCAUGGUCAGUAUGAUCAAACAUCUCUAUGAGAUCGCCCCACCACAAUACUGCAUGGAGAGACUUGUAUUGCAAUCAUUGAUCAACUUUAGUCAAGGUCACAAGGUUGAUGCACUCUUGGCGACACGGAAUCAUACAUGGCGACUAGAACCAUUGGGCCCUGCCAGACCCGGCAUGUUGGUGGCACGUGGAGAUGUAACGUCAUUCUUCAACAUGCGUCCAAGGCCAUCGCAUGCCCAUGGGCGUUCCAACAAACAUAUAUACCAUGACGUGAGUGCGCUUAGCAGGGAAGAGAUCGAGUUCAUCUGGUCCAGAGUGAACGACUUCGCCAAAGAAUGUCGAUACUUAAUCAACGAUAUCUUGUCAUCACAAGCUGCCGUGAACAACAUCAUCACGUAUCAGGUCGUGUUGGACAGUUUGAUAGAUGGAGAUCACAUCAGGACAUCUUAUCCAACCAUCCGAGCACCAAGUCCAGGACUCAUCAGGGCAAGGUCAUCGACCAAUCGACGAUAUGCAUCAGCUCUAUCAAUUCUCAAACUAUUCAAUCCACACAGUCCAGACGGUCAACGAUAUCGUCGACUGCUCAUUCCACUCUCCAAUAGUGAUAUCAGGCGACAUCAAUCAAUGUUCAUCAAUCUUGGAGUGUUCAUACCCUUGCCCUCGACCUCGCCACCCAUAAACAAAGAUGUUUGA